UUCUUGAUCUGCAUACAGGUUUCUCAGGAGGCAGGUGCUCCAGUAUUACCUCAAGGAUUACAGCCUGAACAAGAAUUACAGUUGUGGAAUGAGAUAAAUGACGCUUGUUUGUCUUUGUUGUCCGUGCAUCCACAGCCUCAGGCAUCCAGUGCAUUGGAGGAGCUUUGCCUCACAAUUAUGGGGACUCUACCAAAGCCCCAGGAAACAGAUGAAAAAGAUAACACCAAAAGGUUCUUAUUUCAUUAUUCGAAGACUCGAAAGUUGGGCAAUUCAAAUGUUGUGUCGUCUGUCGUGCAUCCGCUGCUGCAGCUCGUCCCGCGCCUGCAUGAGAGAAGGAUGAAGAGGUUCAGACUGGACGAAGAAUUCCAAGGUCCUAUUGCAAGCCAAAGUAGAAGAUACUUUUUAUUCAGGCCACGCAAUGGAAGAAGAUCAGAAGGUUACAUUUAAAAUGAAUGCCAGCUAUAUUCUGCAGAAUCAACGCUAUGGGAUAUAAAAUGUACUGACUUUUUUUUCUUUUCUUCUGAAAAGCAAUCCUUGCUAAGUUUAACAAGUUUGAGAAUCCCUGUGUUGUAAACAUUCUUAGUAAAAGUUGACUGAGAUUGUAAAUGUUUAAUUUAUUGAAAAUUAAAGAAGCAUCUUAAAAUAUUUUUUCUUAGUGUUUAAUGAUAAAUAGUGUAUAAUAAAGCUGUAAAUAAUUAUGUUCCCUAGAUUCUUGAAGCUGUUGAUGGUACUCUUUACAAUGCUCUUUAGUUAUUUUUAUGUAAGACACUUAGUAGAGUUGAGUUUUAAGGAGCUAUUUUAAUUUUUUCUGUUUGGAUUUCAUCAGCAACAAAAUACCAGAAUGUCAAAAAGCUAGCAAUCUUAGAAUGUGCAUGCCAACUAAAACUAUUACUAAUUGGAGGAUUUGGCCAUGAUUAAUCCAAUAGCCCAAUAAGUAAGUUCUGAUUUAUGCACCAUAAAAUAGUCUGAUUGCUGCAAACAUAUCAAGAGCCAGCUUUUUCUACCAA